AUGCACACCGUCCGCGGUGGAAGCGCAUUCGUAAUCAUCAACGACGGCGAUACUGAAGGAAGUUGCAGUGGUGACAGCGGCAACGGUCUUCGGUACGGCUGUCCAAAUCGCAGUCGUGGCCGCGACCAAUUUGUUCAAAAAUUGGACGCUAAGCUUAAGAAAUUGCAACAACAAAGACAAACGAUAACGACCACUAAUCAGUCCGGGCGGCCGUUAUUUAUCACAACUGUUAAAACUGGUGUGUUUCUCGAUCCACCGCCCGAUUUGGCGAUACUACUUGGCUUAGAUAAUGGAUUGCCAAAUUACAGGUCCAAACGUUCUUAUUAUUCCUAUUCAAGCAAACCGCAAAUACUGUAUGACAAACAUCAUCGUCAUUGUACUUUAAAUGAACAACCCUCAAACAUGUGCAAACAGGGUUAUACUAAUAUCAUGCACGAUAAAAGAGUGGUUAGAGGAAGUAACUUUGCAAAGAAACCGAGCCGUCCAAAAUGGAAUCCAUAUUGUGGAUAUGCCAAACAGCUAUCGUCUGAGUUAAACAAUGAUUACUCCGAUGUACGAGAGGCAGAAGCGCGGCGGCGAGCAAUUGUCAGAAAAAAAGCAAUGGACUAUCAGUCGAAAGCAUUACGCUUACAUUUGGGCGGUCCUAAAAUGUUAAAUGGUAGACAACAUGAUGUUAAUAUUCAAACUGAUAAACACUUAGAAGAACUUUAUGAAUAUCCACCAUCUCAAACUUUUGGUUCUCAAACUGAAGACGACGUUGAUUAUGAAUUAUCCAACCAUCCAGGAUCAAGUGGAACAAUAGGAACGGAUGCAUCAAUCCAAGUUGAUGAAAAAGACUUAUUUGACUUUGACACUGCUGUAUCACCCGUUAUAGAAUCUCUUAUCACAAAUACUUUCAAGCAAGCUUUGCAAGAAAUAUUAUAUGAAGAUGAAUUGGAUACUCUUCUUCGACAACAAAGAAUAUUUCAUUCAAAACACACCAAUAAAGAAGAUAAUAGAGAAAUGAAAAGACUAGAAAAUUAUGGAAAAACGCUGAGUUAUACAGUAGAAAAAACUAAAAAUACAAUAAAAGAUAGAAUAGAAAACAAUAGAAUAUCAGAUCAAAAUAAUCCUACAAAAGAAAGAAUAGAUGAAGUAAUUAAUGAAAUCAUUAGGAUAACUGAAUCUGCCACUAAAUUAUUAAAAAACUCUGAAUUUUUACCAUGGUUAGAAGAAGAAAUUCAAAAAAACCAUUCUCAAAAAAUUGAUUACACAAAUAUUUUAAAAAAUAUGAUUGAUAAAAUAAUGGAAAAUCAUUUAAUGGAUGAUGCUGUUCUGAAGCAUAAAAUUGCCUUGUAGAUUUUCCUUUGCUUUUAUCCUCUAAAUAUUGGUUGAAACAUGCCAAAUUAAACUUAAGAAACUAAAAAAUUGUAUACUCGGCCUUAUAUAACACUUUAUAUUGAAACUAAAUUUUCUGAAGAAUAUACAUUUUCAUAUUUAAUCCAUUUAAAUAUUUCAAUUUUUUUUUAUUAAUUUUUAAAUUAUAGUAAUGCUAAUGAUACCACUGCAGUAUUGAAAAUAAUUAAAAGUGCAAAUGAAACAAGACAAUCAAUCAAAGCAAAAAAAGACUUAAUCGAAUAAGAAAACAAUGACGCACAAGUAUAAACGAAAAUAAGGACACUAGUUGACAAUCACGAUUAAAAAAUUUAAAUAUAUAAAAUCAAAAAUAGUUUUUAUUAAUAAUUUUUUUUUUUUUUUUUGUAAUAAAU